AUGGCCUAUGUUAGUGCAGCACUCAAAUCACGCGUUCGUCGCCCUCAGCUUCUUCAAAAAGUAAUGCGUGCCGAAGACACCCUUGGAUUCUUUAAAUCAGGGCAAUACAUGGGAUGGUCAGGAUUUACAGGCGUUGGAUAUCCCAAGCUUAUCCCACUCGCCUUGGCAGAUCAUGUAGAGAAGAAUAAUCUGCAGGGGAAAAUGAAAUUUAACUUGUUUGUUGGCGCUUCUACUGGCGCAGAAACUGAAGACCGUUGGGCUGAACUAGAUAUGAUUGAUCGUCGAUAUCCUCAUCAGGUUGGCAAGCACAUCAAACAAGGUAUCAAUGAGGGUCGUAUUAGAUUUGCAGAUAAGCAUCUUUCCAUGUUUCCUCAGGAUCUUGUCUAUGGUUUCUAUACCAAAGACAGGCCAACAAAUAAGCUCGACAUAGUUAUUGUUGAAGCUACGGCUAUCACUGAAGAGGGCUGGAUUGUACCUGGUGCGUCUGUUGGUGCUACACCCGAACUUCUUCAGAUGGCAGACAAAAUCAUUGUCGAGGUCAACACUCGAAUCCCUUCUUUUGAGGGCCUACACGACAUCUCGCUCUGUUCUCUGCCUCCUCACAGAUCUCCUUAUCUCAUUAUGGCCACUGAAGACAAAAUUGGCACACGUGCAAUUCCUGUAGAUUCGGAUAGGAUUAUUGCUGUCGUAGAAAGUGAUCACCCAGACAACACUGGCCCCAACCAUCCUCCUGACCAAAUGUCGGUAGAUAUCGCAAGCCAUCUGAUUGAGUUCCUGUCGCAUGAAGUUAAAAUGGGCCGCCUUCCAAAGAACUUACUGCCUCUUCAGUCUGGAAUUGGAAACAUUGCAAACGCUGUUAUUGGUGGGUUAGCAGAAGGUCCAUUUGAGGAUGUUCGGGUGUACACCGAGGUUCUUCAGGACACAUUUUUAGACUUUUUUGACUCUGGAAAAUUAAAAUACGCCAGUGCUACAUCGAUUCGCUUCUCACCCGAUGGCUUCCAUCGCUUUUACGAUCACUGGGGGCAGUACAAGGACAAAUUUAUCCUGAGAUCUCAACAGGUCUCGAAUUCUCCAGAGAUCAUUCGUAGACUUGGGUGUAUUGCAAUGAAUACACCGGUUGAAUUUGAUAUAUAUGGUCAUGGUAACUCAACUAUGGUGUGUGGAUCUGCAAUGUUGAACGGACUUGGAGGAUCUGCCGAUUUUCUGCGCAAUUCAAAGUACAGUAUCAUGCACACACCCUCAACCCGUCCUUCCAAGAUAGACCCUACUGGUAUCUCUUGCGUGGUUCCAUUUGCUAGCCAUGUGGAUCAGACCGAGCAUGAUCUGGAUGUCUAUGUAACCGAGCAGGGACUAGCCGAUUUGCGUGGACUGUCUCCCAGAGAGCGUGCCCAGACUAUCAUCAACAAAUGUGUGCACCCAGACUACAGGGCCCAGCUCCAGGACUAUCUCGACCUUGCUACAAAGAAGUGUCUGGCCAAUGGAAUGGGUCAUGAACCUCAUAUGCUGGACAAAGUAUUCAAGAUGCAUAUCAAUUUGAUGGAAAAUGGAACCAUGAAGCUUGAUUCCUGGUAGCCUUGUACUUUACCAUUCUGACCUUUGUCCUUAUCUGUUUUUUUUUCUCUUUAAAAAAAAGAAAUUCUUAUGCCCAGUUUCAUUGGAAUAGACCAUGCUAGAUAACUAUUAAUAAAAUAAAAUAAAAAGGAAAUGGA